GUUGUCUUUGCUGUGCAGGUAUCCCAGUGCAGGAGCUGCAACAGGAAGUACCAGCCAGUGCCACGGGACAGGGAGUGGGGGAGUGGAGCGCUCUUCAACUGCACAACCUGCGAUAACACCUUCAGGUUGACGGCGACAAAAGGGACAGCUUGUAUGUGUGUAUUGAUCGCCCCGACACGCACAGCGCUGCGCGCCCUUCCGGGCAGCAGCUCAGCUGCAUGGCCGAGGACUGCUACAACCCCCAGGUGUGGUGAGAGUCUCAGGUCGGUGUGCUUUGUGCACCGUGAGCACGCGUGGCAGGGCCCCCGGGUCCCCGGGACGCACUGUGUGCACGCGCGCACCCUGCACGUGACGAGGCGCGUCACGUGCUGUGUGCACGCGAGCGAGCCGCACGUCAGCAGCGCCUCCACGGUGGCCACGUGCAUCAGCCAGGGCAGCCUCGUGGAGCACGAGGACGUCCUCAUCGAGCAGGACCUCUUGGAGGAGGACGAGAAUCGGCGCCACUGAGCGUGCCGCGAGCGAGGUUCCAACGCGAGUAACGCGCGAGCCUCCUCGGCGCCUUUGCGUUGGGUCGUGUUUUUAAAUCGAGCUGUGAAAGUGCCUUGUUUUCUUCAGCUUUUAAAAAAUAGCACUUGCCUACAGUUGAUUUGCGUUUAACCGAAGCACAAUAAAUUUCUAUUUAAAGCUUUCGUGACUGCAAUGAUUCAUCUUCUUUGGUUCUUUCGGUAAAGUCACGUAGAAUGA